GUGGGCAUCGCAGUAAACAUCAGGCUGGCUGCGCCUGAUCAGGAAGUUGGCCAUGCCACCUAACCAUUACCUUCACUUGCGCUGACACUUGUAAGAACAACCGUGUUUGCGGCAUAAAGUGAUCUCAGAAUGCCAGCUUGCGCGAAACAGUUGCCGCAGCCUCGGAGACAUCGCAGAUCCACCUAUUCGUGCCUUCGACGAGUACUGCUGCAGUUCUUAUGUGCUGCCCUUAGUUGAAACAAUAGAGUGCCACUGUUAGUAAUGUGCAACAGGUGUGUGUUUAGUCGCCAUGUAAAAAAAGGUGGCACGUCCCACCCGCCAUGUGCACUAAACUGUAGUGCUGCGAAUGCUGACUCGCCUCACAAAUGCGACGAGCCUAGCUGAAAGUAUCACUGCCAAAAUGACAUGCCACGCCCCCUCCAAGGUGAUCGGUCAGAAGGAGGUUGGCACGCAGUGCAGCUUCUUGCCUCUGGUUGAUGAGUCUGUUGGGUGCUCCUUCAAAGUAGCCAGCAAGUCGACGAGCGUGCAGACUGCAGAGACUGUGGAUCAGUCAAUCUCCACCUCAGCAUCAAGGCCUUCUAUUUCCACAUCAACAACCAGCGGGGACAAUUCACAGCAGGGAUACCUCCACCUAGAUCAUCUCUGUGACUAUGAGCCUGAUAAACUGUUUCGCUCAGAAGCACAUGCCAGGGUCCAUACUAGCGAGCGUCUGUUUAAUUGCCAUUUGUGCCCUCAGAGCUUCUCAAGAAAAGCCACCCUGAAGAGGCACUUGUGCGUCCACAUAGGAGAGCGGCCAUUUCAGUGCCCUUCAUGCCUUCGGAGAUUCUCACGAAAAACCCACUUGAAAGACCACCUGCACACCCACACAGUUGAGAAGGCAUUUCAGUGCCCUUUGUGCCUUCGGACCUUCUCACAAACGACCCACCUGAAAGACCACCUGAGCACCCACAAAGGCGAGAAGCCAUUUCAGUGCCCUUCAUGCCCUCAAAGCUUCUCAUGUAAGUCCAGCAUGAAUAGACACCUACGAGCCCACAAAGACAAGAAGCCAUUACAGUGCCCUUCAUGCAUUCAGCGCUUCACACGAAAGGCCCACCUGAAAAUCCACCUGUGCACCCACACAGCAUCAAGGUCCUCUAAUUUUGCAUCAACAGCCAGCAGUGACAAUUCACAGCAGGCAUGCCUCCACCAAGAUCAUCUCUGUGACUGCGAGGGUGAUAAACUUGUUCCUGUCGAAGCACAUGCCAGAGUCCAUACUGCCGAACGUCUGUUUAAGUGCCAUUUGUGCCCACGGAGCUUCUCAAGAAGAGACACCCUGAAGAGACACUUGUGCGUCCACACGGGAGAGCGGCCAUUUCAGUGCCCUUCAUGCCUUCGGAGAUUCUCACGAAAAACCCACUCGAAAGACCACCUGCACACCCACACAGUUGAGAAGGCAUUUCAGUGCCCUUUGUGCCUUCGGACCUUCUCACAAACGACCCACCUGAAAGACCACCUGAGCACCCACAAAGGCGAGAAGCCAUUUCAGUGCCCUUCAUGCCCUCAAAGCUUCUCAUGUAAGUCCAGCAUGAAUAGACACCUACGAGCCCACAAAGACAAGAAGCCAUUACAGUGCCCUUCAUGCAUUCAGCACUUCACAGGAAAGGCCCACCUGAAAAUCCACCUGUGCACCCACACAGGUGAGAAGCCAUUUCAGUGCCCUGCAUGCCCUCAAAGGUUCUCAGAUAGGUCCAGCAUGAAUGACCACUUGCACAUCCACGCAGGGGAGGAGCCAUUUCAAUGCCCUUCAUGUGCUCGACGCUUCUGGCGUAAGGCUACCAUGAAAUACCACCUGCGCACCCACACAGGCGAGAAACUAUUUCAGUGCCCUUCGUGCCCUCAAACCUUCUCGCAUAAGUCCAGCAUGAAAGAUCACCUGCGCACCCACACAGGUGAGAAGCCAUGGCAGUGCCCUUCAUGCCUUCGGAGCUUCUCACGAAAGCCCGAACUGAAAAUCCACCUGCUCACCCACACAGGCGAGAAGCCAUGGCAGUGCCCUUCAUGCUCUCAAAGCUUCUCGUGUAAGUCCAGCAUGAAAGACCACCUGCGCACCCACACAGGGGAGAAGCCGUGGCAGUGCCCUUCAUGCUCUCAAAGCUUCUCGCAUAAGUCCAGCAUGAAAGACCAUCUGCGCACCCACACAGGGGAGAAGCCAUGGCAGUGCCCUUCAUGCUCUCAAAGCUUCUCACAUAAAUCCAGCUUGAAAGACCACCUGCGCACCCACACAGGCGAGAAGCCAUGGCAGUGCCCUUCAUGCUCUCAAAGCUUCUCGCAUAAGUCCAGCAUGAAACGCCACCUGCGCACCCACACAGGCGAGAAGCCAUUUCAAUGCCCUUCUUGCUCUCGGGUAUUCUUACGAAAGACCUACCUGAAAGCCCACCUGCGCACCCACACAGGUGAGAAGCCAUGGCAGUGCCCUUCAUGCCCUCAAAGCUUCUCGCGUAAGUCUGGCAUGAAAGACCACCUGCGCAGCCACACAGGCGUCCAGAAGCCAUAUCAAUGCCUUUCUUGCCUUUGGAGCUUCUCACAAAAGUCCCAACUCAAAAUCCACCUCCGUACCCACACAGGUGAGAAGCCAUGGCAGUGCCCUUCAUGCUCUCAAAGCUUCUCACAUAAGUCCAGCAUGAAAGACCACCUGCGCACCCACACAGGCGAGAAGCCAUAUCAAUGCCCUUCAUGCCUUCGGAGCUUCUCACGAAAGCCUGAACUGAAAAUCCACCUGCGCACCCACACUGGUGAGAAGCCAUGGCAGUGUCCUUCAUGCUCUCAAAGCUUCUCGCAUAAGUCCAGCAUGAAAGACCACAUGCGCAUCCACACAGGCGAGAAGCCGUUUCAGUGCCCUUCUUGCCCUCGCGUCUUCUCACGAAAGACCAACCUGAAAGCCCACCUGCGCACCCACACAGGUGAGAAGCCAUGGCAGUGCCCUUCAUGCCCUCAAAGCUUCUCGCGUAAGUCCGGCAUGAAAGACCACCUGCGUAGCCACACAGGCGUCGAGAAGCCAUAUCAAUGCCCGUCAUGCCUUCGGAGCUUCUCACAAAAGUCCCAACUCAAAAGCCACCUGCGCACCCACACAGGUGAGAAGCCGUGGCAGUGUCCUUCAUGCUCUCAAAGCUUCUCGCAUAAGUCCAGCAUGGAAAACCACUUGCGCACCCACACAGGCGAGAAGCCAUUUAAAUGCCCUUCAUGCCAUCAGAGCUUCUCACGGAAGACUCACCUGAAUACCCACCUGCACACCCACACAGGCGAGGAGCCAUGACAGUGCCCUUCAUACCCUCAAACCUUCUUGCUGAAGAAUGCCAUGAAGCAACACCUGAGCAUUCAUACAGGUGACCGACCAUACAGUUGCGCCGUCUGGUCAAAGUCAUUUGCGCAGGCUGAUUACUUGAGCAGACAUAAGAGAACACAGCACCAUGAUACUGUA